AUGAGUGGAGGUCCCGAGUCAGACACAAAUGGCUUAUACAGAAGAGAUGGAGAAGCUAGCAUAAAACAAAUUAGGAAAAAGUGAGUUUUUAGCUAAUAACAUUGCCUUAACUUUGCAGAUUUUUUAAAUUCAAGCAAAAUGUCAAUUUUUUAAGAGUUAAAAUUUUUUAAAUCAUAUACGACAUCUUUAUAAAUGAAAAAUUUAAAACUUCGAAAUUAGGCUGCAAAAACUCAUAAACAUAUUUUUAGAGGUCUACCAUGGAUCUUGACAGCAGUAUUAAUACUGAUAUUGGUACUACUCGGAGGUCUAUUAUAUUUGGUAUUCAAAGACGCUACUUGUUCUUCAUCAUCUUUAUCUCCUUUAUCAGCCAAAGAACUAAAACCAUCAGAUUGGCCGAAGAAUAGUGACAGAACUUUGUUGGCCUACUUUCCCAAAGCGGCCAUUGUUAGUGACAAUUCUAUUUGUUCUGGGAUUGGACGGUAAGUGAGAGGGUAGGGUGAGGUUUGGUAGAUUAGGGUAAGGCAGAGUUUUGAGUGGGCAAGGGCAGGGCAAAGGCAGGGCAAAGGCAGGACCGGGCAAGACAAUUUUUUUUUAUUUGCAAAUCUCAUUUUCAGUGCCAUGCUCCUCCAAGGUGGUAAUGCAGUAGACGUAGCGAUUGCAGUUGGAAUUUGUAUUGGAGGUCUUCACCCUCAUUCAAGUGGCCUUGGUGGUGGAUUCUUGAUGACAUAUUAUGACAGGUGACUUUUGACAUAUAGCUAUUUUUUAUUUUUGGAUGUUGACAUGUGUUUUUCUUUAAAAAAUGAACUUUUAAAUAUCAAAAAAGCAAAAAAUAAAUUUUAAAAAUAUUUGGUGUUCAAAUAUGAAUGAGCUUUUCAAAGAACGCACAAAAUUAAAAUUUUAAUUUUUUUGUGUUAAGAGUUAAGUAAAAUACGGUUCAUGAAGUCAAAAAAAAUUGCAGGCAAGAUGGCAAAUGUCGUACACUGGAUGCAAGAGAAACGGCUCCAUUGGCUACGAAUCAAAAUACGUUCGUCAGUAAUCCAGAUGAAGCUUUUUUGGGUGAGUUUUUAAAACUUAAAUUUGAUUUUAAAUGUUCAAAAGCUAGUUUUCAUAGUGGUUUUAGAAACAAAAAAAAUUAUUUAAAAUGUUUUUAUUUUUUUUUAAAUAAGAAAGAAACAUCUGAUACAAAGCUGGUUAUACUGGAGGGGUGGGUUGAUUUUUGGAUAUGACAUGUAAUAUAGGGUUGGCUGGAUAGGGCUAGGACUUAAAGCCACAAAGAUAGUAAAGUAAGAUUGUUAGAUUAAGGCUAUGAUCAAAGCCGAGCAAGAGCGGAGGGGGGGAAAGGAGAAGGGACCUCUACUCCAGAAAAAAAAAAUUUGAACGUGGUCCGCCUUUGAAAUUUGAAAAAAAUUUUUGGAAAAGAGGCUCUGGGCUAAAGCUAUGGGCCAGGACUCUGGGCUAGAACUCUGGGCUAAGGCUCUGGGCUAGGGCUCUGGGCUAGAGCUUGUAGUAAGAGUGAAACAUCGUUUUUCAGGUCCCAAAUCAAUAGCCACACCAGGAGAGCUGCACGGUCUCUGGUCAGCCUUCAAGCGCUUCGCCAGUGGUCGUAUCGCCUGGUCCGACUUACUAAUGCCUACGGUACGCCUUCUCAACCAUGGUUACCCCGUAACAAAACUAAUGGAAGUGAAUCUAGAAGUCCGUGAGAAAGAGAUUCUGGCUUCUGAAUCCAUGAAAUCGGUGUUUGUGAAUCCAAAGACCGGUCAAUUAUACAAAGAAGGCGAGCUUCUCAAAAACCCUAAAUUGGCUGAAACUUAUCGUAAACUAGCCACAUCCAGUGACCCAGUAAUAACCUUUUACCGUGGUGAAAUGGCUGAUCAAAUGGCAUUCGAAUGGCAAAAGUUGGGCGGAUAUUUGACCAAGAAAGACCUAGAACAAUAUAAGAGCAAGAUUGAUGAAUCGCCUGUGACUACAGUACCCUUUGGUCAGGAACUUACAGUAUGCGGCCCAAAGCCCUCGAGCAGUUCGGUUAUCACACAGUUGAUUCUGAAUGUCAUGGCCAAGUUCUAUCCGAUUGGAAGUGAUAAGAACUUGGUUUACAGUGAUCCGGAAUAUUAUCAUAGGUUUAUCGAGGCUCAGAAGUUUGCAUAUGCUCAGAGAACACAGCUGGGGGAUCCGGAUUAUGUUCACGAUGUUAAGAAUGUACUUCAGAACCUGACGAGUAAUGAGUUUGUGGAUGAGAUUGUAAAGAAGAUCAAUGAUAAGACCUUGGAAGUAAAGGAAUAUGGAGCUUUGGAAGAGCAGUUGGAUGACAGUGGCACGUCACAGAUCUCGGUCAUUGAUGUUGAAGGCAAUGCUGUGUCAUUUACUAGCUCUGUCAACAAUAUGUGAGUUUCCCUACCCUACCCUACCCUACCUACCUUAUCUUACCUUACCCUACCCUACCCUUAGGCUUACUAUAGUUUACUCUACAUGAACAUAGCCUCAUUUCCUAUACUUCCCCCCCCCCUCCAACAAUAAUUUAAAAUUUUUUCAGUUUCGGUUCCCUGAUCCGAUCGGAACGUCUGGGAAUAGUGUGGAACGAUCAAAUGGACGAUUUCUCUGUGCCCGGAGCCAAGAAUUUCUUCGGUUUCACCCCAGCCAAAGCCAAUUUCAUUGAGCCGGGCAAACGACCGUUGAGUAGUAUGAGCCCACUUAUUAUCUACAAUGCCAAGACCAAGGAGGUUCAAGCAGCGAUUGGAGCUGCCGGAGGGUCGAAGAUCAUUUCGGCCGUUUCCCAGGUCAUUCUACAGACGAUUGUGUUCAAUCAGACAGUGAAGGAGGCGGUCGAUUUCCCUCGGUUUCACAAUCAGUUCACUCCGAUUAAGACGGCUUUCGAGAAGGGAGUGCCUAAGGUAGAAUAAUACCGUUUUUUUAAAAUAAUUUUCAAAUUUUAAAAUUCUUUAAAAAAUUUUUAAAAUAAUUCCAGGUCCUGCUAGACGAGCUAACCUCAUAUGGCCACAACUUCACAGAAAUGAACCCACCUUUCGCGACGGUACAAGCCAUCUUCCGGACUCCUGAUGGGCGGCUACAGACCACGUCGGACUAUCGACGACCGGUCUAUAUGAACCCGACCGGGUAUUGA